GACACGCGCGCGCGCCCAAGCUGCCACCGACAGCGUGUCAGCGUGCGGGCGUCCUUUCUCACAGUAGAUCCACAGUGGAAAGCGAUCCGAGCGGCAGCCUGGGAACUAGUAAACAAACACAAGCAAGCGGCGCGUAAAGGCUGUGCGCUGGCUGGCUGCGCCGGGUGGUGCGCGACCAAGCGGUUACCAGAGGAGCCCCGCUCCAUUUUCCUUGAUUAUUGCACAAGACCGGGAUAUCCUAAUUGGACAUGUGAGUUGCGGGAGUUUAACAAGAAUAAUCAGCCGUCUUUCCAAGAUGAAGUUCCUCGCCUGCGCCCUCGCUACUUUGCUGCUCAUCCGAUCCAGCGCAGCGCAGUCAGUUUGUCCUGGGACAGAGAACAAGCUGAGCACCCUCUCAGAUCUGGAUCAGCAGUACCGCACCCUGAAGAAGGUCUACGAGAACUGCGAAGUUGUCAUGGGCAAUCUGGAGAUAACCAGCAUCGAUCGCAACCGGAACCUCUCUUUCCUCAAGUCCAUCAGAGAGGUGACUGGUUACGUGCUGGUGGCUCUCAACCAGUUUGACUACCUCCCGCUGGAAAAUCUACGGAUCAUCAGAGGCACCAAGCUGUACGAAGGCCGCUAUUCGCUUGCUAUCUUCCUCAACUACAGGCGGGAUGGAUACUACGGAUUGAGGCAGCUGGGCCUUCGGAACCUAACAGAGAUCCUGAACGGAGGCGUUUACGUGGACCAGAACAAAUUCCUGUGCCAUGCGGACACCAUCCAUUGGCGUGACAUCAUCAAGAACCCCCAAGCCGAGCUCCUGGUGGUUCCAUCCAACAAUAGCAAUCUGGGAUGCAGACGCUGUCAUCGCUCUUGUAACGGACGGUGUUGGGGUCACCAGGAAGAGCAGUGCCAAACUUUGACGAAGACGGUGUGCGCAGAGCAGUGUGACGGUCGCUGCUUCGGGCCGUACGUCAGCGACUGCUGCCACCGCGAGUGCGCCGGCGGCUGUUCGGGACCCAAGGACACAGACUGCUUCGCUUGCACCAAUUUCAACGACAGCGGCGCAUGUGUGACCCAGUGCCCUCAGCCUUUUGUGUAUAAUCCCACAUCUUUCCAGCUGGAACACAAUCCCAGAGCCAAGUAUACCUACGGAGCCUUUUGUGUCAAGAAAUGCCCGCAUAACUUUGUGGUGGACCAUAACUCCUGUGUCCGAGCGUGUCCUAGCAACAAGAUGGAAGUGGAGGAGAACCGCAUCAAAAAGUGCAUUCCCUGCACAGACAUCUGCCCCAAAGUGUGCGACGGAAUCGGGACGGGCGUCCUGCAGAGCCAUCAAACAGUGGAUGCCAGCAAUAUUGAUAAAUUUGUCAACUGCACUAAAAUCAAUGGCAACCUCAUCUUCCUAAUCACCGGCAUUAAAGGGGACAAGUAUCACGGUAUUGGACCGCUGGAUCCUGAACGCCUCAACAUCUUCCGCACUGUCAAAGAGAUCACAGGUUUCCUCAACAUUCAAUCGUGGCCCGAGAACAUGACCGAUCUGAGUGUUUUUUCCAACCUGGUGACCAUCGGCGGGAGAUCCCUUUACAGCGGAACCGGCAUCUCCCUGCUGAUUUUGAAACAACGUUGGAUCUCCUCACUGCAAUUCCAGUCGCUGGAUGAGAUCAGCGCCGGCAUCGUCUACAUUUCCAACAACAGCCGUCUGUGCUUCUACGAUACGGUCAACUGGACUUCGCUGUUCCGGACGCCGACCCAGAAAGCGGUCAUCCACAAUAACCGUGACCCCAAAGAAUGCACCCAGCAGCGCAUGGUGUGCGACGCGAUGUGCUCCGACGAAGGCUGCUGGGGCCCGGGGCCGGACCAGUGUCUCUCCUGCCGCUACUUCCGACGGGGCCGCACCUGCGUCCAGUCCUGCAAUCUUUUUUUCGGGGAACAGCGUGAAUUUGCCAAUGGAUCCGUGUGUUUGGAGUGUGAUGGCCAGUGCGAGAGGAUGGACGGUAACGCCAUGACGUGUCUGGGACAGGGACCCGACCAGUGUGUGAAGUGCCUCCACUUCAAAGACGGGCCCAACUGUGUGGAGAAAUGCCCUGACGGCCUGCAGGGGGCCAACAGUUUCAUCUUUAAGUAUGCCAAGGCCAACAACGAGUGUCAUCCCUGCCACGCCAACUGCACCCAGGGGUGUGUCGGGCCCAGACUGCCAGAUUGUGUCGGGAUGAUGGACAGGACGCCCCUCAUCGCCGCCGGAAUCAUCGGCGGCCUCUUCGUCAUCGUCAUUGUGGCGCUCAGUGUUGCCGUCUAUGUUCGGCGAAAAAGCAUCAAGAAGAAGAGGGCCUUGCGUCGCUUCUUGGAGACAGAGCUGGUGGAGCCCCUGACCCCCAGCGGAACAGCCCCCAACCAAGCUCAGCUGCGCAUCCUCAAGGAGACGGAGUUGAAGAGAGUCAAAAUUUUGGGCUCGGGGGCUUUUGGGACGGUCUACAAGGGCAUCUGGGUACCAGAAGGUGAGACGGUGAAGAUCCCAGUGGCUAUUAAAAUCCUAAAUGAGACCACCGGCCCCAAAGCCAAUGUGGAGUUCAUGGACGAGGCGCUGAUCAUGGCCAGCAUGGAGCACCCCCACCUGGUGCGUCUACUGGGAGUGUGCCUGAGCCCGACCAUCCAGCUGGUCACCCAGCUCAUGCUGCACGGCUGCCUCCUCGACUACGUGCACGAGCACAAGGACAACAUCGGCUCGCAGCUGCUGCUCAACUGGUGCGUCCAAAUCGCCAAGGGAAUGAUGUACCUGGAAGAAAGGAGACUGGUCCACAGGGACUUGGCUGCCCGCAACGUCCUUGUGAAGUCCCCCAAUCACAUCAAGAUCACCGAUUUUGGCCUAGCGCGGCUGCUGGAUGCGGACGAGAAGGAGUACAACGCAGACGGGGGCAAGGUCAGCAUGCCUGUUAAAUGGAUGGCUCUUGAGUGCAUCCACUACAGGAAGUUCACUCAUCAGAGCGAUGUGUGGAGUUACGGAGUGACCAUCUGGGAGCUAAUGACGUUUGGAGGCAAACCGUACGACGGCAUAUCAACGAGGGAGAUCCCGGACAUCCUGGAGAAAGGAGAGCGCCUGCCCCAGCCGCCUAUUUGCACCAUAGAUGUCUACAUGGUUAUGGUGAAAUGCUGGAUGAUUGAUGCCGACAGUCGGCCCAAAUUCAAGGAGCUUGCCGCAGAGUUCUGCAGGAUGGCGCGGGACCCGCAACGAUACCUGGUCAUUCAAGGAGACGAUCGGAUGAAACUGCCCAGCCCCAACGAUAGCAAGUUCUUCCAGAGCCUCCUGGAUGAGGAGGAUCUGGAUGACCUGAUGGAUGCUGAGGAAUAUCUGGUGCCUCGUGGUUUUGACGCAGCUCAUCCGUCAUACCCAACGAGACCUCGUGUUGACUCCAACAGAAACAAGUUCGGCUAUAGGGAAGGAGUGCCGAAACUCUCCGACGGACCCCAGACGGGGGCCCAGGCACCCGGUGUCAAACAAGAAGCCACCGGAAGCCAAGGGUCCGCCAUGGAGGACCAGCGUUGUAACGGGAAUUUGCAUAAGAAGAAUCUGAAGCAAGCUGGAGCUGAAGACAGCGGCGGGCAGAGGUACAGCGCUGACCCCACCAUCUUCCUCGGGGAUAGGGUUCCCAGGGACGAAGAUGGGGACGGAUACAUGACCCCCAUGAAAGACAAGAGCUCUUCAGAAUACCUGAAUCCCAUCGAGGAAAACCCCUUUGUGUCGCGGCAUAAAAACGGGGAGAUCCACGCCUUGGACAACCCGGGCUACCACAGCACACCAAGCAGUCAGCCCAAAGGAGAGGACGAGUACAUCAACGAGCCCCUCUACUUCAAUACCUUUCAUAGCGCGGCCGAGACCCUGCGAAGAAACGGCCUGCCUCUUCCCUCCCAGACUCCCUCUUCCACCUCAGGGUCCCACCUCCCGCUUAGCAUCCAGACCAGCCUGCCCCACUACCCUCUCCCCGCAGCUCAGCCAUCUCCAUCUGCUAUGUCCUGCCACCACGGUACACUGACCCACAUCCUCCACGCCCACCACGCCGUCAAACCCGCUGGCCUUCCCGUUUCCACCGGGCAGAGCCAAACAGGAACUACUGCCCUGGCUUCGGUGUGCCAGUCAGGUGUCCCGGCCCCCGACGGCCACGGCGGUCUGCCAGCCUACCAGGGCCACGCCGCCUCGCAGCCUGCCAGCCUGCUGAAGCACGGCGGACAGACAGCAGGUAAAGCCGCUGGGAAGAAGCUGAAGGUAACCUUUGACAAUCCGGAAUACUGGCAGCACAGCCUGCCGCCCAAACCGUCUGACGGCGCCAAGAGCGCCGCCGCUAACGCUAAGCUAUACUACAAGCAGAACGGACACAUACGACCAGCAGUAGCCGAAAACCCCGAAUACCUGUCUGAGUUUUCCCUGAAAUCUGGCCCGGUUCUGCCGCCGCCUCCCUACCGGCAAAGGAACACCGUGGUUUGAAAACUCCCCAAACGCUAAUGCCACAAACUCCGCCUCCUCCCCAAUCCAUUCAAGACUGUAGCAACAAGCGGUCCACACCGAGCAGACCCAGAUAAGGACGUUUCUGGCCUGGAGAUACGGACUGCCAUCUUUGACACGGCGAUUGUGGAGGAAGUGCCGCACGGCGGCGGGAGUUCUGGCCAACUGCUGUCUCAACCCACUGCCAGCAAUUCUGCUGUGACCGUUUCAAAAGCGGAACUACACUUUGUUUGAUUUUGUUCCCCCCCCCAAUGCAUAGCGAUAUUUAUGCACACAAACGUGUUUCACACUCACUAACCUACGAAGGACUCAAAACAAGCGUUUACUUGGCUAGAAGUACGAGAGAGGACAAACACGUGGAGGAAAUAAAUCUGAAAGCUGAUUCGUCAUAUUUGUAGGUGUCCAAUCGAACGAGACAUGCAAAGAAGUCCGAUUAUCUUAAAUCUGUGCCGGCCAAAGCUGUGUCAUGGAAAUUCAAGGACCAGUCUUCUCAUGUGAAUUUAGACAAAAGGUGUACAUAACAAAAUAAAGUAGUGGAUUAUAUUUUAGAAUCUGUAAAGACAAGACAGUCUACAACGCUGGAAUACUGCAGUAUAUUUUUACACAGAAACAUUCUAGGGUGCCAUUAUUUGUGAGAAUAUAUUUCCAUAAAUCGUUAGCCCCCUUUUUUUGGCCAUGAAAUAAUAUUUGGUACCUUAACUCAUUCACUGCCAUUGACGCCUAUAGACGUCAAAGCUCUAUUUCAACUGAGCUAGCGGUGAAUGAGUUCAUUUGGUAUUCAAAAGGGGCGUGGCCUUGCUUAAAGGUAAUUGAACAGCUUUUUUUUUUCUUAGCCAGACAUAAAUAUUUGAAAAUAAAUACAGAUAUACGUCAAUGUUGUCAAAUAUAACACGGGUCACAAAAAGCUACAAAUCUUCUGAGGUUCAGAAAGUAUUUCAAGUUCGGUGGGGGGCGAGGUGUCAUUGUCAAAAUGACAAAACACACGUUUGUCACUUGGAUGGUUUGAAUUUUGGAAUUUCCAAAACGUUCUUGUCGUGACGAUAAACAGCCAAAACAUUUCAGUUUUUAUCCAUUUACAGUUAAAAAAAAAAAUCAUUCUGUCGACGCCAUUAAUGAUUCUUUCUUCUGCCAAGUCGUCAAGCUUGCCAAGUUAUCCCGUUGCGUUCCUUUCCCUUUUUGAGGAUCCCCCUUUGUCACCGAAUCAGCUCAUCAACUGGAGCUCCCGACUGUGUCUUCUGUUUUUCCUAAGGUUGUUUAUUUAGUGUGUGUUUUGAAAGUACAUCCUCAAAUCCAAAACCUCCCCAUGAAACUCUUUAAUCAAAGGAUGCUUCUUCCAGAAAUAUCCAACUUGUUUAUCUGCUCGUUCACCACUUCAGAGCGUUAGCAAAGAUCAGUGGCACUGCGUCGGCCAAGAGUUCAUGAAGGAAACU